AUGCUUCUAUCAUAUUCAAUAUUAUUAUUUUUAUUAUCAAUAACUCUUAAAGUAAAUUGCGACCAGGGUGAAUUUACAGGGAAACGAUGGGUAGUGUUAUGCUCAGGUGGAAGAAGUUGGGUGAAUUAUGCUUUUCAUGCUAAUGUAUACCACGCGUACCAUAUGUUUCGCGGGAACGGUAUUCCCGAUGAAAACAUAAUUAUUAUGCAUUACGACGAUAUCGCUAACAAUAGUGUAAACCCAACUCCCAGUAAAGUAUACAAUGAUUACAAUAAGACUGAUGUCUAUUACGGAGUGCCCAAACACUAUACCGGCGAUGAUGUCAAUCCUACCAACUUUUUAGGUGUACUUAAAGGAGACGAGACAUUAGCCCGGAGUGGGAAACCAGUGGUCAACAGUGGACCCGACGAUCAUAUAUUUGUUUAUUUUGCCGAUCAUGGAUCACCAGAUAUGAUUCACUUCCCCUUUGAGUUCUUAUGGGGUGAGGAGUUGAAUGUGGCUCUACAGGAAAUGCACCUAAACAAACGAUAUAGUAAACUAGUAUUUUACCUAGAUACAUGCGAAUCAGGCUCAAUGUUUUACAAACUAUUGCCCAAUAACAUCGACGUGUAUGCUGUGUCGGCCACAUCACCAGAACAACUUGGCACAUUAUUCUCAUACUACUGGAUGAAAAAUACUGAACUUAAUGAUUUUGGGAAUGAAAUAACAUUACAACAGCAGUUUGAGUAUAUCUACUCAUCGGCUAACAAAAGUAAUCCGGAUAUAAUUGAUGAAACUCAACAAGCGCAACAAUACGGUGAUUUAUCUAUCGCAAAAUUGCCCAUAUCACAGUUUUUUGGAAAGUCACCAAAAUCAAUUAGAAAUGAUAUUCUAUUAGAUAAUACACUGAACGAUAGGGUAAAUACUAGAGAUGUGCCGCUAUAUAUGGCUAAAAUAGCUGUCGAUGAAGCGUUGAAUACCAAUGAGAAAAAUAGAAACAAUCCUACCCCGGGUAAAGUAUUUAAUGAAGUGAAUGGCAGUGAUGUCUAUCACGGAGUGCCCAAACACUAUACCGGCGAUGAUGUCAACCCUACCAAUUUUUUGGGUGUACUUAAAGGUGACCAAACAUUAGCCCGGAGUGGGAAACCAGUGGUCAACAGUGGACCCGACGAUCACAUAUUUGUCUUUUUUACCGAUCAUGGGUCACCAGGCUCAAUGUUUAAUAAAAUGUUACCCGAUAACAUUGACGCUUACCCCAAGAAUAAACACCUUCCAACACCCAGCCAACCUCCCCAAGUCGACAGCUUAGGGGUCCUCCACUGUCACCUUUACAAUGCCUUCGCGUUCAUUAAUAUUAUAAUCACCAAAAGUGACGGAUUUUAUCUCGGGAUGACUACAGUGGGCGGCACUCAGUAUCCACUGAUCGCUAAUCAGCGAACCACCGCACCA